CCUUCGCUGUCUUCUCCCCCUCGUCUUCCUCUCAAAUCCCCCAUCAUCUCACCGCACAAUGGCCGAGGUAUCGUCUUACACGCUCAUCCACGAGCCGUCGUCGGCGGACCAGCCCUCGCUGCAGGACUUGCGCUUCCAGCUCGAGCGCGGCAACGACCCCGUCAAAGUAGAGGCCAUGAAGCGCAUCCUCGUCAUCAUGCUCAACGGCGAUCCUAUGCCGCAAUUGCUCAUGCACGUCAUCCGCUUCGUCAUGCCUUCCAAGUCAAAGUCUUUGAAGAAGCUCCUGCAGUUUUACUGGGAAAUCUGCCCGAAGCUGAAUCCGGACGGAAAGCUCAAGCAGGAGAUGAUUCUCGUCUGCAACGCCAUCCGCAACGACCUCCAGCACCCCAACGAGUACAUCCGCGGCGCGACCCUGCGCUUCCUCGGCAAGCUCAAAGAGCCUGAGCUCCUCGAACCCCUGAUCCCCUCCGUUCGCGCCUGUCUCGAGCACCGUCACGCCUACGUCCGCAAGAACGCCGUCUUUGCCAUCUACUCGAUCUUCGCCCUCUCCGAGCACCUCAUCCCGGACGCGUCCGACCUCGUCCUCGGCUUCCUCGAAAACGAGUCAGACACAACCUGCAAGCGCAACGCCUUCGUCGUGCUCGCAAACAUCUACCCCGAGGGCGCCGUCCAGUAUCUCCAAAAGUGCUACGACUCAAUCACUUCGAUGGAUGAGCUCAUGCAGCUUGCCUUCAUCGAAUUCAUCCGCAAAGAUGCCGUCUCAAACACCGCAAACAAGGGCCGCUAUCUUCGUCUAGUCUUUGACCUUCUCGAGGUCCCCUCCAACACCGUCGUCUACGAGGCUGCCACCGCGCUCACCGCUCUCACCAGCAAUCCCGUCGCCAUCAAGGCCGCGGCCGCAAAAUUCAUCGAGCUCAGCGUCAAGGAGUCCGACAAUAACGUCAAGCUCAUCGUCCUCGUCCGCGUCGACGACCUUCGCAAGCGCAACGAGGGUGUCCUCGACGACCUCGUCAUGGAGAUCCUUCGCGUCCUCUCUAGCCCCGAUCUCGACGUCCGUCGCAAGGCUUUGGAUAUCGCGCUCGAGAUGAUUUCCAGCAAAAACGUCCACGAAGUCAUCCUCUUGCUCAAGAAGGAGCUCUCAAAGACCAUCGACGGCGACAACGACAAAAACGUCGAGUACCGCCAACUUCUUAUUCACUACAUCCAUCAAUGCGCCAUCAAGUUUGCCGAGGUUGCUGCGCCAGUUGUCGAUCUCCUCAUGGAUUUUAUCUCGGAGUUCAACAACGCGUCGGCUGUUGAUGUCAUCAGCUUUGUCAAGGAAGUCGUCGAGAAGUUCCCUGCUCUGCGCGAAUCGAUCGUUUCGCGUCUUGUCGCCUCGCUCGGUGACGUCCGAAGCGGGAAGGUCUACAGAGGUGCUCUGUGGAUCAUUGGUGAGUACUGCGCCUCGGAAGCCGACGUCCGCGCGUCAUGGAAAAAGAUCCGGACAAGUAUUGGCGAGAUCCCGAUCCUGGCCUCGGAGCAGCGUCUUCUCGAGGCUGUCCAGGACGGCACUUCGGAGCAGGAGGAGGAGAAGGUCAACGGUAACAGCAAGCCCAAGCCUGCGUCGAGCCGCAAGGUCCUUCCCGACGGCACAUACGCGACUGAGUCCGCGCUCACUUCUGACUCGGCCACGAACGCAAAGCUGGAGGCAGUCAAGGCUGCCGCCAAGCCUCCUUUGAGACAGCUUAUUCUUGAUGGUGAUUACUACCUCGCGGCUACUCUGAGCUCGACACUCACAAAGUUGGUUCUGCGAUACUCCAAGCUGUCGAGUGAUGAUAAGCAAAAGAACCUGCUGCGCGCGGAGGCUAUGCUUAUUAUGAUUUCGGUUCUUCGCGUUGGACAGUCCAACUUUGCCAAGGCGCCGAUCGACGAGGACUCUGUUGAUCGAAUUAUGGCUUGCAUCAAGUCUUUGUCUGACAUGGACCACACGCAGUUGAUUGACGAGGUCUUUUUGGAAGACACUCACGCCGCGUUCCACGAUAUGGUUGUGGCUGAGGAGUCCAAGCGGGCGGAUAAGGACCGUCUCGAGAAGGCCAAGAACGCGGUUCAGGUUGACGAUUCUCUCGGAAUCAGACAGCUUGCGAAGAAGUCGGCGGUCGAGGGACAGGAUGAGUUUGAGCUGGAUCUGUCGAAGGCCACUGGCAACGAGAUUGUCACUGAGGACUCGAGCUCGAAGCUCAACAAGGUUGUCCAGCUCACUGGAUUCUCGGACUCUGUCUACGCUGAGGCGUACGUCAAGGUGCACCAGUUUGAUAUUGUGCUCGACGUUCUACUUGUCAACCAGACAACCGACACUCUGCAGAACCUGUGCGUCGAGUUUGCUACUCUUGGCGAUUUGAAGGUGGUCGAGAAGCCUACUACGCAGAACCUUGGCCCGCACGCGUUCCAUUCGGUGCAGGCCACGAUCAAGGUCUCGUCCACCGACACGGGUGUCAUCUUUGGCAACAUUGUCUAUGACGGCUCGUCAUCGACCGAGACUAACAUUGUUAUUCUCAACGACGUUCAUGUUGAUAUCAUGGACUACAUCCACCCCGGCAUGGUUACGGAGACGCAGUUCCGCACGAUGUGGACAGAAUUCGAGUGGGAGAACAAGGUGAACAUCAACAACGCGGGCAAGAACCAGAGUUUGAAGGAGUACCUGGAAGGCCUUGUUGCGUACACAAACAUGUCUGUGUUGACACCCGCGGCGAGCUUGAAGGGCGAGUGCCAGUUCUUGAGCGCAAACAUGUACGCCAAGAGCGUGUUUGGCGAGGACGCGCUGGCAAACUUGAGUAUUGAGAAGGAGGCGUCGGGACACAUUGUUGGACACAUCCGCAUCAGAAGUAAAGGACAGGGUCUCGCGCUGUCGCUCGGAGACCGGAUUGCGGCCUCACAACGUGCUGCUGCGCGCGCUUGAAGUAAGAUAGGAAGAGAAGAAGAGAAAAGAAAAGAGGAAAAGAAAAGAAAACAAAAUUGAUACACCUUUUUAACGACACAGAGCCAUGAUGAUGCGAUUGAGAGAUAGACACUGUCUGUCUCUUUGGUGUAUAUAUCAUGAGGACUUUUAUCUUUCGUCUUUCCUUUCCUUUCCUUUGUUUUCUGUUUUGUCGUCGAAUGCAUUGCUUUUGAUCAAAAUGUUGGGAGCUCGAGUGUUGCAGUAGAGUGCUUUUUGAUGUAAUGUUAUUGUUAUUAUCGUACUAAUCGUUACAUAUGUUAUUUUAUGUGGUAUAUAUUUGCAAUUCAAUCUUCUGCGCCAUA